AUGUCUCCUGCUGGAACAGCCGUACUCUCCAACCUCAGGUCCCCAUGUCGUCCAAAACCCACCAUCGCAACACUUCCCCUAAACCAACCACAAACACAAACAUGUCCCACCCCCCUCUCCAACCCCCAAUCCAGCUCCCCCUCCCAACUCGAAUCCCUCUGCCGCCUCUGCACCACCGUCCUGAACGCCGGAGACUUCACCUGCACCACCCCCCUCGGCAAACUCUACAAAUCCCACAUCUCGCCCACCUUCACCGCGCAAUUCGACGCGCACGAAAAACUGCUCACCUUCGCCGAACUCUUCAAAGCCUUCGAGCACUGGUACGCACUGCACCCGGGGUUCCGGUGCGAGUAUAAGCAUUUCGAGACGGAUGUCGAUGAGGGCGCGGGAACGGCGGUGGUGCAUUUCGAGUUGGAUUUGGUUUAUGAGAAUAUGGGGCAGGCGGCGCUGGGGGAGGUGAGGUUUCGGAGGGAUUUGAGGGGCGUGUGGAUCAUGGAGAAUUAUAUUGGGAUGAGGGGGAUGCAUGGCAUGGGUGGGUAUGUGUGA